AUCCUGGUGUGUAUUUCGAAGCGCAACCCCCAUGGCAGGUCGAGGAGGUUUCACAUCGAUGCCUUAUGGCCAGCCCCGUCAAUCCAACAUGUUUGGCACAGCCCCAACGCUGCAAGCGGGCCCUUCAGGUGCGGCGCAAAACGAAACCCGGGGACGGAGUUUCGGUGGGGGGGCCAGCUCGUUCAGCCCAUUUACCCACGAAGGCCAAGGCCAGUACCACAACCCGUACGAUAUCAACCCCGCGAGUACUUCGAAUCCAGUGCCCCCCCCACCUUCGACCUCGGGGGGGUUUCACUCCAUGGGGGGCUCCAACAAGCGAAGGGGACAAGGGUGCCUUGGUGGGGGCCAAUCCUACGAAGUUCCCCGAAUGAAGUCCCCCGUUAGUUUCACGGAGCCCCCUAACCAUGGUGGCAAUUUGUAUGGGCAUCAGCCCCUUCCCCAGACAGCCCAAUAUCAUCAGCCCACUCAACCCAUGGCCCCCGCUACCUAUCAGCAGCCGCAAUGGCAACAGCAACCUCAACAUUGCAACAGUGGCGGCUAUGCUGCACAUCAGCCUCCACCACUAUGGAACAAAUUUGAAGGGGGUGCCUGCUACAACAAUAAUUUCGAGCCCCAGCAUUACGAGGCCGCAAUGCCCUCUGAAAACGUCCAGCAAGCGUCCUCUCAGCGCCCUCACUCCUCGCGUAGUACACUUGGAUCGGCUGGUGCUAUGGCGAUGCUGACCUCGCAGGUAGUACUCUCCAUUUAUCAAUAUAUGUACAGGAUUGUGUCAUCUACUCAAAAUUUCCUCUGGCGGUUGAUUGAAUGAACCGCCGAAUAAUCGCUGGACCUUCGAAAUUUCAUAAAAAAGAACUAAGUUUGAAGAGGACGAACUGAGCUACAACUACACGGACAACAACCAGCGCCAGCCAACCAGUUAUGCCCCACAGCAUCAACAACAGCAACCGCAUCGUCCGGACAUUUACCAUCACAUGCCAUCGAGUGCCGCACCAUCGCCUUCGAAACCAUCCUUGACCUUGCAAUGGAGCGGCACUGGCAGCUACGGCCACAGUAGCACCAGGGUAUCGAGACCUCCUGGAGGACACAGCCAGUUUGCUUUGGGUUAGCUCCUUCGUCUGUUCUAACAAUAUAUAAUAUUUCACUUGG